CAUUGGCUGUCGCUGGGAGUCACCACAGAACGGUCGCUCCUUCUCCGGAACGCCGGGCUCGGUGCUGGGGCCAAGUCCUGCUUGUGUUGGUGGUGGGAUGGCGGCCGAGACGCAGCCCCUUCUGGUCAGGGAUCGAGGUAGUGGAGCCCGCUCUGGUGCCACAGCCAGACAGGAGCUCUGCAUAGACCAGGCUGUGGUCUUCAUUGAAGAUGCCAUAAAGUACCGCUCCAUCUACCAUCGCAUGGAUGCUGGCUCCUUGUGGCUUUACCGAUGGUACUACUCGAACCUGUGCCAACGAGUGCUGGGCUUCACCAUUUUCUUGAUCCUGGCCUUGGCUUUUGUGGAGUUCCCGUCAUCAUUCACGAGAACAGCAGAUGUGCGCUACCGCUCCCAGCCCUGGCAGCCACCCUGUGGCCUGACGGAGACCAUCGAGGCUCUCUGCAUGCUGAUCUUCCUGGUUGACCUCUCCGUGAAGGGCUACCUGGUGGGCCAGGCCCAGUUACAGGAGAACCUGUGGCUGCUGGCCUACUUCGUGGUGCUGGUUGUGUCCGUGGUGGACUGGAUCGUUUCACUGAGCCUGGCUUGUGAGGAGUCCCUGCGUGUACGCCGGUCACUCCGUCCCUUCUUCCUGCUCCAGAAUUCCUCCAUGAUGAAGAAGACCCUUAAGUGCAUACGGUGGUCACUGCCAGAAAUGGCCAGUGUCGGGCUGCUGCUGACCAUCCACCUGUGCCUCUUCACCAUCAUUGGGAUGCUGCUGUUCACCAUUGGUGAGAAGGAUGAAGCACAGAAUGAGGAGAGGCUGACCUACUUCCAGAACCUUCCAGAGGCGCUGACCUCACUUCUGGUGCUACUGACGACUUCCAACAACCCAGAUGUGAUGAUUCCUGCGUAUACCCAGAACCGGGUCUCUGCCCUCUUCUUCAUACUCUUCACCUUGAUAGGAAGCUUGUUUCUUAUGAACCUGCUGACAGCCAUCAUCUACAAUCAGUUCCGUGGCUACCUGAUGAAGUCUCUACAGACCUCGUUGUUCCGGCGGCGGCUGGGGGCCCGUGCGGCCUAUGAAGUCCUUGCAUCCACGGCAGGGCAGACUGGAGCCACCCCUGAGGCAGUUGGGGUAAAUCCUGAGGACUUUCUGCGAGUACUUCAGAAAACCCAGCUGCCCAAAAUCUUCAAAGAGGCCAUCAUGCAGAAGGUGCGUUCCUAUGAGGGCCGCCUGAUGCUGGCUGAUGAAUUCCAGAAACUCUUCGAUGAGGUUGACAAGGGUGUGAUCAAAGAGCACCCGCCGAAGCCCCAGUACCAGUCUCCAUUUCUGCAGAGUGUCCAGUUCAUCUUCAGUCACCGCUACUUCGACUACCUGGGGAACGUCAUUGCUCUGGGAAACCUCCUGUCUAUCUGUGUGUUCCUGGUGCUAGACUCAGACCUGCUGCCCGGGGAACGUGAUGACUUUGUCCUGGAGAUUUUUGACUACGUCUUCAUCUUGUACUACGUGCUAGAGCUGCUGUUCAAGGUGUUCGCGCUGGGCCUGCGGGGCUACUUGUCCUACUGUAGCAACGUGUUUGAUGGCAUCCUCACCAUUGUCCUCCUGGUUUUGGAGAUUUCUACUCUGGCUGUAUACCGAUUGCCGCACUCAGGAUGGAAGCCCAAGCAGUAUGGCCCCCUGUCGCUGUGGGACAUGACACGGCUAGUGAACACACUGAUUGUGUUCCGUUUCCUACGCAUCAUCCUGAAUGUGAAGCCAAUGGCCAUAGUAACCAGUACCGUCCUAGGCCUGAUCCAGAACCUGAGGGCAUUUGGUGGGAUCCUGGUGGUGGUAUAUUACGUGUUCGCCAUCAUUGGGAUCAACCUAUUCCGAGGUGUCAUUGUGCCUCCUAACAACAGCAGCCUGGUGCCUAACAACAGCUCAGCCCCGUGUGGAAGCUUCGAGCAGCUAGGUUACUGGUCCAACAACUUUGAUGACUUUGCUGCUGCUCUGAUCACGCUGUGGAACGUGAUGGUGGUGAACAAUUGGCAGGUACUCCUGGACGCCUAUCGGCGCUACUCAGGCCCGUGGUCAACGGUGUAUUUUGUGCUAUGGUGGUUGGUGUCCUCUGUCAUCUGGGUCAACCUGUUUCUGGCUCUGCUUCUGGAGAACUUUCUUCACAGAUGGGACCCUCAAAGUCAUAAUCAGCUCCUUGUUGGUACCCGGCAGACGACCUAUCAGAUGUCUGUGGAGCUCAUGUUCAGGGACAUCCUAGAAGAGCCCAAGGAGGAGGAACUGAUGGAGAAGCUGCACAAGCACCCGCACUUGCAGCUGUGCAGGUGACAUCAGAACGGCCUCCCAGCCAGGGCGGCAGGACAGAGAUGCUGGCCUAGGGCCCACGCUGUGGAGGCAGCAGCUGGUAGAGACCAAGCAAGAAAAGACGGUGCCUGGGACAGACCACUUGGGGAUGGACGUGGGUGCAGUCUGUGGCCUUGGCAGGCCCGUGGUCAGCACUGCAGGGCAGCCUCCCUCCAGUUGCUGCUCUCCCAAGCUGCUCUGGUGAGACUUACUAAGGAGAGAGAGUGAUUUUUGCAGGGACCUCAAAGCCCAGGAAGUGAGAAGGCCUCAUCUCCCCUUGUCCCCCACAGGCUGUGUCUUCAGCUUCCGUGGACUCUGUGAACCCAAGCCUGCAGAGGGCCUGUGGGGGGUAGCUGGCAGGUCUUUGAGGCAUCAGGGUGGUUUCACACGUCAAGAAUGUCACCGUUUUGUUUCACAGUGUCUGUGAAUGCGAUCGGGUAUGCCUGGGGGUCGCAUUGCCAAUCUUUUCUGUUUUGUAAAGAAUGAGUUUGUUCUUA